AACUGUAUACGACUGACGUGACGAUCUUAAUUGUGAAUAAUAUGUUGUAAAUUUUCUAAUUAUAAGUAUAAAACGAUUUGAAUAUUACAAUAAAGCCUUUUACUCCACUUGUAUAUCUUGCAAUAUUAUAAUAUUUUUAUAAUUUUAUUAAAGUGUUUUGUUUAUUACGGUCGUGACAUCGAAGACCCAAUUUCAACAAGAUAUUCACACAAUGGCUUUCCAGUCAGCUAUGCCCAGUAGGGAGUUCCUGUGGGAUAUUUUCAGACGAGUCGACAAAGACCGCAGUGGAUAUAUCUCAGCUGAUGAACUACAACAAGCUUUGUCAAAUGGCACAUGGAAUCCAUUUAAUCCAGAAACUGUAAGGCUUAUGAUAGGUAUGUUUGACAAACAAAGCAGAGGUGUAAUAUCUUUCGAAGAUUUUGGUGCCCUCUGGAAAUAUGUCACUGAAUGGCAAAACUGCUUCAGAUCCUUUGAUAGUGACAAUUCUGGAAACAUUGAUAAGCAGGAAUUGAAGAAUGCUCUGACUGCUUUUGGAUAUAGAUUAUCAGAUGAUGUGGUUGGCAUUAUGGUGCAGAAAUUUGAUAGAUUCGGCCGUGGAACAAUACUGUUUGAUGAUUUUAUCCAAUGCUGUGUUACUUUAUAUACAUUAACUUCGGCAUUCCGCCAAUUUGACACAGACCAAGAUGGAGUUAUUACAAUACAUUAUGAACAAUUCCUCAAAAUGGUCUUUGGAUUGAAGGUAUAAUUGUAACUACAGCUCUUUUUGAUAGCAUACUUAAGAAUAUUAACGAGUAUAGAUGUAUAUUAAUAAAUGUUACCAUUUCAUAUGCUUAAUAAUGAAAUGAAUUACCUAAAAAAAUUGGCAAGUCAACUAUGACGUCAAACUACAAGUUAAUGUUGUAAUUUUUUUUUGGUUAUUGCUGUUUUUGUUAAGAGUGUGAUUUGUUUUGUUUAUAUAUUGAUGUUUUAUAAUAGUAGAAUAUUUUAUGUACAACCACUUGAAUAACUUGGAUCUAUACAGAUAUAAAAGUAACCUAAAAAUUUCAUUAUUGUAAUUCGUAUUCAAA